UGGUGCGCGCGCGCGCGCGGCGCGGUGAGGUCAGACGUCGUUGGCGCCGGCUUGGCCGCCCGCCAUCUUGGUCCCUGUGUGGAAGCGGCUGAGGCGCGGCGUCGCGGCGCCGGGAGCGGCAGCGGCCUCGCCGAGUCCGGGAGCUUCCGGGGAGGCCGGAGCGCCGGCCCGCCGCGCUGCGCGCCAGAGUUCUUAACUAACAGCAUUGGCAUCAUUCUGCCUGUUGAGGGAAGGGGACCAUAACCUCUCUGUUACCUGAGGUCACUUCAGAAGGAGAAGAUUUCAUAAACAGCACAGGCAAAAUUUGAGGGGUGAGCAGUAGGUACCAGACUCGAUGAGUUUCCAUCGAAAUGUCGGAAAAGUCAGGCCAGAGUACAAAAGCAAAGGAUGGAAAAACGAAGUAUGCAACACUCAGUCUGUUUAACACUUACAAGGGAAAGUCACUGGAAACUCAGAAAACCACAGUUGCUGCACGCCAUGGAUUACAGAGUCUUGGAAAAGUUGCUAUUUCAAGGAGGAUGCCUCCGCCAGCUAACCUCCCCAGUCUUAAAGCAGAGAACAAAGGCAAUGACCCUAAUGUGAACAUUGUGCCUAAAGAUGGCACAGGAUGGGCUUCCAAACAAGAACAGCACGAAGAAGAAAAACAGCCAGACGUGCCGCAGACCCAGCCAAAACCUGCUGUUCCUGCUCCUCCAGAAGCAGCUCCUGUUGCCAAAUCAUGGGCCAACACCAAACCAGGUGGACAAGAUGGUCCACCUGUUCAAGUAAAUAGUUAUUUCCAGCAAGAGUUUCCCAGUCUGCCGGCAGCUGGGGAUCAGGAAAAAUCAGGCAAGGAGAAAGAUACACCUGAAGAACUUCAUGGAUCAGGACCCAACUUGCGGCCACAAAAUUCUGUCCAUGCAGAUGCUACUAGUUGGAGAGAAGGUGGUAAUAAGAGCAACUCACCCAGUUCUCCAACUGAUCAAGAAGCUAAGGCCCUUGGACAAGAAGAUGUUAAUGCUACACCAGCAGAACAAAAUGAUGGCCAGAAGGCAGCAGAGAAGAGAGAUGUGCGGUUACCACAGGUCCCUCAGCCCAAGCUGAAUGGCCAGCAGCAACCACCUGUCUCUUCUCAGUACAGAGCAAUGAUGCCACCUUAUAUGUUUAAUCAGUAUCCUAGAAUGGCAUAUCCUCCUUCCAUGCAAGGUCCAACAAGGUUUCCCGGUUCUGAGCCUAGCAGAGGGCCAAGGGGAAGAGGACCACCUUCAUGGUGUUCAGAACCUAUUGAGCGCCCAUCCAUUCUUAGUGCUAGUGAACUUAAAGAACUUGAUAAAUUUGAUAAUCUAGAUGCUGAGGCUGAUGAAGGCUGGGCAGGUGCUCAGAGUGAAGUGGAUUACACUGAACAGUUGAACUUCAGUGAUGAUGAUGAGCAAGGAAGUAGUCAAAAAGAGAAGGAAAGUGGUGAUGAACAAACACCAUCAAAAGAUUUACAGAGUCCUGAUGGCCAGAAGGAUGCAGAAGAACAGACAAGUGCUAAGUCUGCUACCCAGGUUUCCACAGCAGCAGCCAAAGGGUCAUACGGCAAAAGUUCUCAGCUUGAUCAGGAUCGGGGUCCAGCACAGCCUUCUGUACAUGAAAGAGGUGGUCCUGCUCUUCAUCAAAAAUCUAUUCUACCACCGCACCCUCCUCCCCCUGAUCGCCAGGUAGGACCUGGAAGGCAGGGACCCUUUCCCCCUAAACCAGUACCAGAUGAAGAUGAAAUUUGGAAACAGAGGAGACGACAGCAGUCAGAGAUAUCUGCUGCAGUUGAACGAGCCCGUAAGCGGCGAGAAGAGGAAGAAAGAAGAAUGGAAGAACAGCGCAAAGCAGCUUGUGCUGAAAAACUAAAACGGUUAAAUGAGAAAUUCGGCUGUGUGACAAAACCCUCCCGGGAAGACCCUCUGAAGGAGCGGGAGAGGGAAAGGGAACGGGAAAGGGAAAGAGAGAGGGAGAGGGAAAGGGAGCGGGAGCGGGAAAAGGAGCGGGAACGGGAGAGAGAACGAGAGAGAGAAAAAGAGAGGGAGAAGGAAAAGGAAAAAGAGAGUGAAAGGGAGAAGGAAAAGGAAAAAGAAGAAAAAGAAAAACUGGAGAAGGCAAAAGAGCAAGAAGGAGAGAAAGAGAAAGAAAAGGAGAUGGAGAAAGAAGAGAAGGAGAAUGAGAAGGAGAAAGAAGAGGAGAAACCAGCACAUGAGGUUCCUGAGGCUGUAGAACCUGUGGCAACACAUGUAGUAGAAAAACAAGAAAAUGAAAACAGGAAUAACAAGGAAGAAAAAGAAGAUCAAGCAGUCUUUACCCGACAAGAUAGUAGUCAGAAUGAGAAAGAGAUUUCACAGGUGGCUCAUGAGAGUGAGCCAGAUUCAGGAUCUCAGCCUCGUCCUGCUGUUUCCUCAGGCUAUUCUAAACAGUUCCAGAAAUCAUUACCACCAAGGUUUCAGAGGCAGCAGGAGCAAAUGAAACAGCAGCAGUGGCAGCAACAACAGCAAGGUGUCCUUCCCCAGUCUGCUCCCUCACAGCCUUCCAGUGGCCCUGUCCCACCUCCCCAGCAUAGACCCCUUUACCAGCCCAUGCAGCCACAUCCUCAGCAUUUAGCUUCAAUGGGCUUUGAUCCACGGUGGCUUAUGAUGCAGUCUUACAUGGACCCACGAAUGAUGUCAGGAAGACCUGCAAUGGAUAUGCCUCCUAUUCAUCCAGGAAUUAUGCCUUCAAAACCACUGAUGAGAAGAGACCAGAUAGAGGGAUCAGCAACUAGUUCAGAUUCAUUUGAACAUAUAGCUCGCUCAGCAAGAGAGCACACUGUUCCUUUGUCAGAGCCCCGCGUGAUGUGGGGGUCAGACCCAUACCCCCAUGCAGAACCUCAGCAAUCUAGCUCUCCUCCCAAAGUGUUAGAAGAGCCUGACGAUUUGAGGUCUGAGGCACACUUGGAGCAAGAACGAGUUGCUGUCCCUGCCACUGCUUAUCCUGUAGAACACAACCAGUUGGACUCUCAUCCAAAGACAGACUUUUUCAGAGAAUCAGGAGAGAUGGAGGUACAGAAGUUCCCAAGCAGGCCUUUGGAAGAUGUACAACCUCUCCAAACUGGCACACCUAACACUGCAGUUAAUUUUGAAGGAGUGAAGGAGAAAGUUACACAUAGCUCUGCAGAAGAAUUUGUGCCUGUAGGGGAAAGUCACUCUUCACUAAAGAGAAGCAUUUCCCAUGGUUCAAGUCACUCUCUAAAAUCAGAGGACCAGAGGAAUGAGACAGCAACAAAUAUCCCUAAAUUAAAUAACAGGCCUCUUGAGACAAAGGAGACAAUUGAGAGACUUGAGAUUAAGCCAAAAAAAGAAAUUCUCAUCAAUAGUAGAACACUAGAAGGACCAAAACCAGAAAAAACUUUCAAACCUAAGUCUGAAACAAGAUGGGGUCCUAGGCCAGGUUAUGGCAGGAGAGAUGAAGGUGGUGAUAGGCCAGUAAGAAGAUCAGGUCCUAUUAAAAAACCUGUGCUUAGAGAUAUGAAGGAAGAGCGUGAACAAAGAGAAGAACGUGAGCAGAGGAAGGAGAAAGAAGGAGAAAAAACAGCUAGUGAGAAAUCUAGCAAGUCUGAAAAAAGUGACAAAAAGGAAGCACCUCAAGUGCCACUGCCUCAGGCUGAGCCAGAGACAUCUGCCUCCAGCGGCACUCCUCUGGCUAAGAAGACAACCCAGGAUGCUGCUCUGACCCUGGCAAGCCAGGAGAGCAGUCAAACUGAGACUGCAGCUAAAACGCUGGUUCAGACACCCACACCUCCAGUCCCGCAGCAGCUACCGACUGCCCAGCCUACUGCUCCACAGCUUCCCCCUGCAGUACCACAGCAGCCACCAGCUCAGCCAGCAGCACAGCAGCAGCCACAUGUUCAGCAGCCAGCUACUGCAGUGAAGGAAGAAAAGCAGACUGAGAAAAUGGUUAGCAAGGAAGUUGUAGAGAAACCACGCUUAGAAACCAGACCAGUAAAAAGAGAGCCUGGCUUACCACCUAGGACAUACUGGAAAGAGGCUAGGGAUAGAGACUGGUUCCCAGAUCAGGGAUACAGAGGCAGAGGUCGUGGGGAGUAUUAUUCUAGAGGUCGUAGCUACAGGGGUUCUUAUGGAGGACGUGGUCGGGGCAGUAGAGGCCAUAAUAGAGAGUACCCACACUACAGAGAUCCUAAGCCUAGAUCAGACCAUGUGCCUUCGGGGCCUGUUAGGCAAAGAGAAGAGAGUGAAACUCGCAGUGAGAGUUCUGACUUUGAAGUAAUCCCAAAACGGCGGCGACAGCAUGGUUCAGAGACGGAUUCUGACAGCGAAGUUCAUGAAAGUGCAAGUGACACACUGCUUUCAGACAAAGACAGUCUAAUCAAAGGCAAGCACCCAAAAAGAGAAGACAGAGCUGAUGGCAAGAAGCCUCCAAAGCCUCUGUCGUUCAAACCUGAAAACAGUAUCAGAGUAGACAACAGAUCCCUAGAAAAAACAUACAUUAGAGAUGAUGAGAACAAACCCAAACCAGGAUUUCUUCCUAAAGGAGAACCUUCUAGACGAGGCAGAGGGGGAAUGUAUAGACGUGGCGGUAGGGAUCCUGGUGGGCGUCCUCCACGUCCAUCCACAAUAAGGAGGCCAGCCUACAGAGACAAUCAGUGGAACCCUAGGCAAACAGAGAUUAUUAAACCCGAAGAUGGGGAGCCUCCAAGAAGAAAUGAACAUUAUGGCCCUAUACCAGUUGAUAAAAGACCUCCAAAAUUUGAGAGAAAGUUUGAUCCAAAUAGAGAGAGACCACGAAGACAAAGGCCCGCUCGGCCACCAAGGCAAGAUAAGCCACCACGCUUUAGGCGCCUAAAAGAAAGAGAGGCCGCAUCAAAGAUAAACGAGGCGGUAACCAGCUCAUCAACAAGUGCCACAGUUAGUAAUGCAGUUAAUGAGCCUGCCACCACUGCUCUGGAUGUGUCAGAAAGUAAGACACCAGACUUGUCCAACCAGAAUUCUUCAGACCAGGCAAAUGAAGAGUGGGAAACUGCCUCGGAAAGCAGUGACUUCAAUGAGAGGCGGGAGAGGGAUGAGAAGAAAACAGCAGAUGCAGCAGCACAAGUGGCUGCAAAGGCAGGAGAAAAUGCUGGAGCUCCAAAAAGGGAAAUAGCCAAGAGAAGCUUCUCUAGUCAGCGGCCUGGAAUAGACCGUCAAAACCGACGUGGCAACAACGGACCAGCUAAACCAGGGAGGAACUUCUCGGGGCCUAGGAGUGAAAGGCGGAGUGGUCCUCCACCCAGAAGUGGAAAAAGAGGGCCAUUUGAAGAGCAGACAGCAGCUGUGCCUAGUGUUGAUCCCACCAACAGCAACUCUUUACAUCAGGAGGAUGGAGGUGUUACUGCUGCAGGCCAAAAGAGCACCAAGGAUGCAACUAGCAAAAAGAGAGAAGAACCUAAGGCUGGUCCAAAGAAGCCUAAGGAAAAAGUGGAUGCCUUGUCUCAAUUUGAUCUUAAUAAUUACGCAAGUGUUGUGAUCAUUGAUGAUCACCCUGAAGUGACAGUAGUUGAAGACUCCCAAUCUAACUUGAAUGAUGAUGGUUUCACAGAAGUGGUGUCUAAGAAGCAACAAAAACGUCUGCAAGAUGAAGAGCGUAGAAAGAAGGAAGAACAAACAGUGCAGGUGUGGACCAAGAAAGGAUCAAGUGAAAAAGGCCGAGGUCAGAAUUCCAAGCUCCCACCCAGAUUUGCCAAAAAGCAGCAACAGGCAGCAGCUGCAGCUGCACAGCAGGCACAAGCUCAGGCACAAGCUCAGGCACAACCUCCGUGUACAACGCAGAGUCCGGGUCAGCCGCCAUCUUCUGUUCAGCCACCAAACCAGGCUGCAGGAGGGACAGCCAGCACAGAGUACACAGUGUCAGGCAAAGUUCUGCAAAACGCUCAGGCUCACAAUGGUCUGGGAGCUGAAUUAUGGGAAAACAAGGUGCCUCCUUCAGCAGUUCUAAAUGACCUCUCCAAAAAAUUGGGACCCAUUAGCCCACCUCAGCCACCUUCGGUCAGUGCUUGGAACAAGCCUUUGACGUCUUUUGGUUCAGCUACAUCUCCAGAGGGAACAAAGCCUGGGCAAGAAGGUGGAGUUGAUCUUGGUAUAGAAACUAUUCAGUUUGGAGCCCCAGCUUCCAGUGGCAGCGACAACGAAGUUGGCCCUGUGCUUUCUGAGAAGUCCACUGAUAAGCUACCAGAGCCAAAAGAGCAAAGACAGAAACAGCCUCGGGCUGGACCCAUCAAAGCACAAAAGUUGGUUCUUGGAGAGAAGAUGGGGAAUUCAGUUCAAGAAGUAAGUCUUCCAGACUUGAGUCCAGUAGAAAACAAAGAAUAUAAACCUGGUCCUAUUGGGAAAGAGCGUUCUUUAAAGAACAGGAAGGUGAAGGAUGCCCAACAGGGAGAGCCUGAGGGACAGGAGAAGCCAUCUCCCACCUCUGUCAGAAGUCCAGAACCUGUCACUACAAAGGAAACCAAAGCAGCAAGUGAACUAAGCGCGGAAAUAGGAACGAUGAUAUCUGUGUCUGCUCCAGAGUUUGGAACAAACACAAAGGAGUCUGUAACAGACUACACUACACCUUCUUCUCAUCCUAACACAGUGGCUACUAGCAGUACAAAAAUGGAGGAGACUUUGGUGACGAACGUGCCCCUGCCCCACACCCUUCCCCUCCCUAGGAGGGAGACUCUACAACAGAGCUCCAGCCUAACUCCAGUUUCUCCCGCUACCGUCGACCUCACCCUCAAGAUGGAGUCUGCACGCAAAGCAUGGGAGAAUUCCCCAAACAUGGGGGAGAAGAGUUCACCAGUGACCUCAGCAGCAUCUCCCAUUGCUGGUGGCAGCGGCAGUAGCAGCAGCAGCAGCGGCAACACUGGGCCAAGCAGUGGUACUUACAGCUCUUUCUCUAGUGCAUCAAUGCCUCCUAUUCCUGUGGCCUCAGUUACACCGACAACUUCGCUUUCAGGAGCUGGAACAUACACAACCUCUUCACUGAGUACAAAGACUGCAAGCACCUCAGACCCUCCUAAUAUAUGUAAAGUGAAACCACAGCAGUUGCAGACAAGCAGCCUAGCUUCUGCCAGUCACUUUUCCCAGCUGAGCUGCAUGCCAUCCCUCAUUGCCCAGCAACAGCAAAGUUCCCAGGUCUAUGUGUCUCAGUCUGCAGCAGGUACUGCAGCUCAAAUCCCAGCAUUUUAUAUGGAUACAAGUCAUCUAUUCAAUACUCAACAUGCACGUUUAGCACCACCUUCUCUGGCCCAACAGCAAGGCUUUCAACCAGGGCUUUCUCAGCCUGCUUCAGUUCAGCAGAUCCCCAUCCCCAUCUAUGCACCCCUACAAGGACAGCAUCAAGCUCAGCUGAGUUUAGGAGCAGCACCAGCUGUAUCACAAGCUCAAGAGUUGUUCAACUCAUCCUUACAACCUUAUAGAUCUCAGCAAGCUUUUAUGCAAAGUGGUUUGUCUCAGCCAUCACCAGUAGUUCUGUCUGGUACAGCCUUACACAACUUCCCAGCAGUACAACAUCAGGAGCUUGCUAAGGCACAGUCAAGCCUGGCAUUUCAGCAGACUUCUAAUACACAACCUAUUCCGAUCUUAUAUGAACAUCAACUUAGUCAAGCUUCAGGACUGGGAGGCUCUCAGCUGAUUGAUACGCACAUUCUUCAGGCGAGAGCUACACUCACUCAAGCUUCAAAUCUGUACUCUGGGCAAGUUCAACAGCCUGGCCAGAGCAAUUUCUACAACACUGCACAGUCUCCCAGUGCUCUCCAGCAGGUAAACUAUGGCAUGGUGACGGUACCUUUGCCAGGAUCACAAAUUUCCUUGCCCAACUUUGGAUCCACAGCACAGCCGCUUAUUGCCCUACCCCAAUCUUUACAACCACCACUACAGCACACGCCACCACAAGCGCAGGCUCAAAAUCUAAGCAGACCUGCACAAGUAACCCAGCCUUUCAGAGGGUUAAUCCCAGCAGGAACUCAACACAGCAUGAUUGCUGCAACUGGAAAGAUAUCAGAAAUGGACCUGAAGGCCUUUGGAGGUGGCAUUGAUGUUAAACCUGGAACACCGCCAGUUACUGGUAGAAGUACUACUCCAACCUCCAGUCCCUUCCGGGCCAGUUCUACAAGUCCUAACAAUCAGUCCAAUAAAAUGAACAGCAUCGUCUACCAGAAGCAGUUCCAGUCAGCAGCUGCUGCUGUGAGAAUGACACAGCCAUUUCCUGCACAAUUUGCACCACAGAUCCUCUCUCAGCCUAACCUGCUCCCUCCAUUGGUAAGAGCCCCAUAUACUAACACCUUCCCAGCGCCUGUUCAGAGGCUGCCAGUAGUACUGCAUAGUCAGAUGCCGUCUCAGAUGACCACAGGCCUUAUGAGCCACCCUCGUUUACCGCGUGUGGCCAGAGGUCUUUGUGGAUCAGUAUCUGGAGCCAGAGGCAAUCAGGCCCAGGCUGCGAUGAAGGCUGAACGAGACAUGAAGGCAAAGCAGAGAGCAGAGGUACUUCAAUCUACCCAGAGAUUCUUUUCUGAGCAGCAGCAGCAGCAACAGAGCAAACCCAUAGGAGGCAAAGCGCAGAAAGUGGACGAGAACGGGAGCAAACCCACCGAGGCAAUUGCUGACUCUUCAGGAGUCUGCCAGGACAAAAACGAGGAAAAGCCCACCCCUGCGCCUGCUACAGCAACAAAACCUGUUAGAACUGGACCAAUCAAACCUCAGGCAAUCAAAACCGAAGAAACAAAAUCUUAGAGGCUGUGUUUCCAUGCAGGUGCGGGGAGAGGGGAGGGUGGGUGAGAUGACAGCAGCAUGGAUUUCUAGCCCAAAGGAUGAGACAGUCUUCUCUCCCUGCAGGGCUCUGAACAGUGUAAAGUGACAUAGAAGCAUUCAGCAGUUACGGAUGCAAACUCCUGUGUAUCCAGCUGAGCUUCUAAGGCUCCUUUGGGCUUGUGUCUGCUCUAACAGCAUGGAGGCUGCUUUUGGUGUGUGCACGUUCUACACGUGUGCGCAUGUACUGGCUUACACACCUGUAUGUUUCCCAAAGCGAAAAAAAUGAGCAGUAGUAACGGCGGGGGAGGUGGUCAGGGAGGCUUGUUCCUAGCUGACAAGAUGAACACUCAUAUUUUCUUCAGGCUCUGAUCUUCAGCUGCUAUUUAUCUUUUUAUAAACCCAUGAGUAUGAGAACAUGCAGAUCUGAAGAUGGUGCUGGGCCAAGUACUGUGUGUUAAGUUUUUAGUGACUUAAGAAGCUUCUAUCUUGUAAUAAAGAGGGAUUCAUAUAGCUGGCAAAAUUGCCUUUGCUGUGUGACCUAACGUAACACAGACUUAUCCUGAUGAUGUUGAGUUUCCCUCUGAAGGCAGUGCUUUGCUGGCUGCUGCUUCUUGGAUGACAAUAUAUUGCAUUUAGAUCACCGUAUGAAAAUGCUACUUGGCCACCUGUGUUCUCUACACCCGCUGCCCCCUCAGUUGUUCACCUCUGGAAUUGAAAGGUUCAUUGCAUCAAUAGUCAGAUUUGUUCUGUUCACCUCUGUCCAGCUAUCUUUAUAUGAUGCGAGUGAUUUCUAAACGGUUUCCAGUUUAUGUCUGUAUACAGCAGAGAGCACUUAGAACUGUGCCACGAGAAUAAAAGAAACCUUAUCGGCUUAAAGAGAGUUGAAUCUACAAGGUGCAUUCUUUAUAUCAGAGCUGCGUCGCACCACCUCCUUGCCCACAGUGUGCUGGAAAGUAGAAUCAAGUCAAAUAAAUGCCUUUUUAAUUGUAUCCUCUAGUAUUAUAGCUGUAGGACAGUACUGUAUGAUACUUCUGUGAAUGUAAGAUACCCUGUACCUGCUUAUGAUAUGUAGUAGUGACUGUGCUAUACUGGAGCUGUUUUUAAUAAUGUUAUUCUAGAGGUUUUUUUCCAGACAAUGAUUGAAAAAGCUAAUAAAAAGCACCAGGUACCACAUCAGUAGCAGAAUUUGCUGGUUUUUUCUGGGAUUUUUUUUUGUUUUCGUUUUUUUUUUACAUGUUUUGGAAGGAAGAGUUGAGAGUCUAAUGUGUAUAAUUUUGUUCAAAUGACUGCAGAAGCUGGAAAGGCUGUUGCUGCUAUCGAUGCCUAGUGAAUCGCUAUUGGUUAUCUUUUUAUAUAAAUAUAUAUAUAAUUUGAAUUUUUGGAAACUUUAGCUGUGAUGUCAACUUUGGAAAAAAGUAUCCCACUUGUAGUGUGAGUUGGCAUUGUACAGAAAUUAACAGCCAUAUUGGUCUAGAAAUGUUAAACUUAAUUUUUUUUUCCAUUUGUACAGGGGUAACGCACUGUAUUAAAUAUGUACGGUCUUAUUUACAUGGGUUUGAUUACAGAAACUAAUAAAGUAUUCUCUAAAUAAA